GGGAGCGGGGCCGCCGGGCCGCCAGCAUCCCCCCGGGCCGCCCGCGCCGGACCCGCACCCGCGCGGGGCGCCCCCUCCGCCCGGGCCGGACCACCUCCUCACCCCCCGCCCCAUCCCUCGUCUCCCGGUCUGUUUGUCUCGGGCUGGUUCCGUCCUCCCGGGACCGGGAACGGACUGGGGGCCCCGGGAAAGGGGCCUGGGAGGCCCUCCCCGCCGUCUCGCCCCUUCCCUCGCCGGCAUGAGCCCCUGGCUGUGACCCCCACGGGGGGAAGGGGGCCGGGGGUCCAUGUUCGCAACCUCCGCACGGCCCGGCGCCUGCCGCUGACGGCGGCGGGGGUGGGGGGGCCGGGCACCCAGCCUCCUGCCCCACCCCCUGGCGUCGGCCCCGCGGGCCGUCGGGGGCCGCUGCCCCCGGCUGCGCCCUGCCCGCCGGCCAGGCCCUGGAGGCGCCCCGGAGCUGCCGCCGGCAUCAGCCCAUGGCCCGGAGGUACAAUGAGCUGCCCCACUACCCAGGCAUCGCGGAUGGCACUGCAGCCCUGGCUGGCUUCUCGGAGGCAGCGCCUCCAGCACCCAGAGCCCCUGGGCCCUAUGGCCCUCACCGGCCUCCGCAGCCCCCACCCCCGGGCUUGGACGGCGAGGGCCUGAAGAGGGAGAAGGAUGAGAUCUAUGGGCACCCGCUCUUCCCGCUGCUGGCCCUGGUCUUUGAGAAAUGUGAGCUGGCCACCUGCUCUCCCCGAGAUGGGGCUGGACUGGGCACACCCCUGGGCGGUGACGUCUGCUCCUCCGACUCCUUCAACGAGGACAUUGCCGCCUUCGCCAAGCAGGUCCGCUCCGAGAGGCCCCUCUUCUCCUCCAACCCAGAGCUGGACAAUCUGAUGAUCCAGGCCAUUCAGGUGCUCCGGUUCCACCUGCUGGAGCUGGAGAAGGUGAGUGCUUCUCACUUCCCCCCACACCCUCUCUUGCCCCCCAGCCCUUUCCCUUUCACCCCUCCACCCCCCUCAGGCUCUCUCCCCACCGGAGUUGGAGCAGAAUGCCACCCCCGUUCCCGUACACCCCAGCCCUGGCCCCCGGGUGGCCCCCCCAGUACCCCGGUGCCCCCUCAGGUCCACGACCUGUGCGACAACUUCUGUCACCGCUACAUCACCUGCCUCAAGGGAAAGAUGCCCAUCGACCUGGUCAUCGAGGAUCGGGAUGGCGGCUGCAGGGAGGACCUCGAGGACUACCCAGGCUCCUGCCCCAGCAUCCCAGACCAGAAUAAUGCGUGGAUGAGAGACCAUGAAGACAGCGGAUCUGUACACUUGGGGACCCCGGGCCCAUCCAGCGGGGGCCUGGCCUCCCAGAGUGGGGAUAACUCCAGUGACCAAGGAGAUGGGCUGGACACAAGCGUGGCAUCUCCCAGUUCUGGGGGAGAGGACGAGGAGCUGGACCAGGAGCGGCGGCGGAACAAGAAAAGGGGCAUCUUCCCCAAGGUGGCCACCAACAUCAUGAGAGCCUGGUUGUUCCAGCACCUCUCGCACCCGUAUCCCUCGGAGGAGCAGAAGAAACAGCUGGCACAGGACACGGGGCUCACCAUCCUGCAAGUGAACAACUGGUUCAUUAAUGCCCGGAGACGCAUCGUGCAACCAAUGAUAGAUCAAUCCAACCGCACAGGGCAGGGUGCAGCCUUCAGCCCAGAGGGCCAGCCCAUGGCGGGCUACACGGAGACACAGCCACACGUGACUGUCAGGCCAGCAGGAUCGAUGGGGAUGAGUUUGAACCUGGAAGGGGAGUGGCAUUAUCUAUAGAGGCUGGAGUCGGGAGGGGGCCUCCAGCCUCCAGACUGUGACCACCAGGCCCACACCGUGUUCUGGUCCCCACCGCUGGCUUCAGGACCCUACCCUCCACGGCCCUCCCACUCAACACCUACCUCCGUGGGGCCCCACUGGGACAUGGGGGGUCUGAGCGCCCGCUCCGGGGUCUCUGAAGGACAAAGACAGAGCCUCUAGGCUCGGCGCCCCACUUCUCCCCUCGCCUCUGCCCAGAACCCCAGCUGCGAUCCUGGGUCGUCGGAAGAUGGUGGCUGGGACCCCACCUCCAGGACAGAGAUGGAAUUGGGGGUGGGCUGGGGUUGUCACGGGAGGAGGGUCACCCGGAUCCGAUAUUUGGGGAGGUUCCCUUCAUCCUCCCAACCCACUCCCCUCCUCUCUGCCCCUACCUCCCUUCUCUGAUGUCUUCUACUUUUUUUUUUAAUGAUAAAAUCUUCAAAAAGUCA